UGAUAAGUUGUAAAUUUCUUUCCAUUAUAAAAGGUUGGGUAAUAUUACGCCACCUGUCUCUCCCAAAAUAUAUAUAUUCUCCAACCUGCUUUCUCUCUCCACACGCACACAUUUAUCAUAUCACCACAAACCCUAACCUGCAAAUCAAAUCUAUUUCAUUUUCAAUCAGCUCGAAAGAAAUCACCCAAAAUGUUGAGGCAAUCCACCAGUAAACUUCUGGGUCUGGGCUUUCUCGGAGAGUCCCGAUCACCGGCGGUGCAGGUUCUGCCGCGAUUUUAUCACGAGAGGGUGGUGGACCACUACAACAACCCACGAAACGUAGGCUCGUUCGACAAGACCGAUCCAACGGUCGGAACUGGGCUCGUCGGUGCACCAGCGUGUGGCGAUGUCAUGAAGCUUCAGAUUAAAGUCGAUGACAAGACGGGGAAGAUCGUCGAUGCUUGCUUCAAGACCUUCGGUUGUGGUUCGGCCAUCGCAUCUGCAUCUGUGGCUACUGAAUGGGUGAACGGGAGACAAAUGGAGGAAGUUCUGACAAUCAAGAAUACAGAAAUUGCCAAGCAUCUCUCUCUCCCACCAGUUAAACUCCACUGCAGCAUGCUUGCUGAAGAUGCGAUAAAGGCAGCUGUUAAAGAUUACGAGGCCAAGCGUGCAAGCGUGGGUGCAAGUGCAGAAGUUGCACCUGUGGAGAAGGCUGCUGAUGCUUGAGAGGUGAGAAAAAAGGAAAGAGAAAAUCACAGUACUUGUACAAGGAUGUGGUCUUUUAAUCUUUUGGGGGUGUCUAUGUGAAGGAUUGUACUUAAAACUGCUUGUGAGACUAGUUUUUUUUUUUUUUGGAAAGUAAGUAAUCUGGAUAAGUAUGUUUCUAUUUGAAUGUAAAUUUGGUAAUAAAAAGUCUUAUAUGCCAUAGAUU